AUGACUCGCAACAACCUUCCCGAGAAUAUCGCUUGGUUACUGGCGAAUCUCGCAUUGUCAACACCAAACGCGCCCUUGCUUCCCGCCGCUCGCGAUCUUCCCGGAGACCUUUCCGCACCUGAGACCCUCCCAAAUUUUCUAGCACCCCCGCUGCCGAAUACGAGAAACCUCGGAUUCCUGCCUGGCUCUUCUCCCUUGGUUCCCUCGACAAAGCAGACAUCUCGACCAUCCGCAUCUCAUGUACCGGCAGCCACAAUCUCGAAGCAGUCGCAGGAGGAUCUGGACGAGGAGGGAAUAACAGAGCCUGAGGAUACCAUGGGACGAUUGGUGCCGAGUUCGACCCGGAAGAGACGCUCCUUACUGUUGCAACAAGAGCAGUCGCAAGAUCAACUACUAACGCCUGCUUCGACUACCGGGGUCGGCAGGCUCCAGAGAGCGUACUCGAAUUCCCUCAGGACACCGAAAGCAGCCAACACCCCGGCCCCGCAGAGACAGACCCCAGCGUCGAAGCCACGGACGCCCGCUCUCACAAAUGACGACAACUGCGAAACAGUAGACCUGACGGGGUCGGACGAUUUCACCUCUUCCGACUCCAAUGGAUUUGCUUUUGGAGACGACGUGCGAUUGUGGACGGAAGAUCACGCAAGCCGCCCCGAACCAGCUGCCGAGGCUCGAGGCAGGAAGCGAAAGAGUGAUGAUAUCAGUCAAGUCCUGGACACUCAAGUGGAUCCCUUUGAAGAUGACUUUCCCGAUAUCGAUGAUUUUAUAGGAGAUACGUCGACCGAGUCAGUCAUCCGUGUUACUCCAAACUCUUCAAGAAAACGGAAUUCGAAGUCCAAUACCAGCCCGGAGCAUGCAAUUUCUCAUUUUGGGGGGAGUCAAGGAGCUAGCCAAUUGACGAUACGGGAUAUGCCCUCAAAAAGAGAUGUUGGAAGAAACCAGAGUGCCAAAACAUCGCCGGCAAUAGCACCCUUCAAGCGUCAUGUUUCCGGAGUAUCGCCACCCCCGGUAAAGCGAACUCCAAGUCCAGUAAAGCGAGGGUCUCCGAUGAAAGUGGCGGACGACCAUCUCAGCCCGCAGCCCGAGGGCCAGCUUCCUCGGAAGUCGCGGCGUAACAGUCAAGUGAUACAAGAUUCCGACGACGAAUGGGCUACUCCACCGACACACAACGUUUCGAUUAUGACUGUGCACUCGACUAGUAGCCAGAGCCGCAUUAGAGGGGGCCCUCACGAUUUACCACAUCAUAGUGAGCGUGAAAAGUCGCCUGCCAUUAUCGCUUUUGACACACCAUCAAGGCGGCGUCACGGUGAUUCGCAAAUAAUCAACCCCCCCUCGUCGCCACCGAAGCAAACAUCGCCAAGGAAGCAACCAAGUCAGACCGGGUUACCAGUUGCCAAUAUCGAGCUAUCUGAUGAUUCGCUAAUGAUCAAUGUUCAACCCCUGAUAUCAAGCCAACCAGGUCCUUUGCCGGGUGAUGAUGUACAGACAGCCAUUCUGAAGCUCUUCCUUGCCAAACCUUCAACACUGCAGAGGAACCGGGCCCUCGUGGAGGACAAGUUAAGGCAAAAUCGAGAUGAUUUCCGUGCCGCGUUGACAGGCGGGCAACUAGGACAAACCAAUAUUCUGAAACGCGACAAAGAGCGUUUGACUCGACAACUUGCUGCUCUGAAUGCUCUUGCUGACGAGCACCAAAUAUAUGAAGACCUGGUCCUUGAGAAAGACGUGCUCGUUGAGAAGAUCAUGGGGUUUUAUGAGCAAAACGAAGACACCGAAAGUCUGGACGAGAGAAUGGAAGCGUUGGUGAAAGAGAUCAAGGGUCAGGAGUCAUUGAUGAUCUCAUCCCUUCUCAAGGCAGGUCUCAACGAUGUCGCCAUGUUCGAAGACCGGGAGCCAUCACGUAGCAGUCGUCAUGACUCCGUGGUACAGGCUACCCAGCCGAGCUGGAAUCAGUCCCACUCACGGUUAUCAGGAGAGCCUGCAUCACUUCCUGGAGGUAACACUCAACUCAUCAUGCAGACCCAGGUUCUUCGACGCCGAGAAGCUCCUAUAACAGCUUUCCACGCCCUCGACGAUGCCCCUGAUUCUCGGUACGUUGAGAGGGAAAAGUCACGAGCAAUAUCUCCAAUAUCCAGGCCAGCGGCUGGCAGAACAUACCAGGAACCUUCGAGGGCAACGAUGAUACCUGCGCAGACUAUGUCAGCUCAUUCUAUGGACGAAGAGCUGUAUGAUCUCGAUGAUGAGGACGAGCUUUUCGGCGAUACCCCAUCUUACGAGAUGUCUUUUCCAAACCGGCAACACAUAGAGGAAAUCACUGGCACAAGGAACAGAAAAAACACGGCAAAAACACCUGCGAAGCGCAACGAAACGUUCAUGAGCGAGGAUGAGUUCGACGAUGAUGUGGAUAUGUUAGAGCUUGCCGAGGACUUUGAACACAAGCAAUCUUCUGCCGAGACUGACACACGUCUAAAUGCCCGAUCGGUUUUCUCAGAGACUUCUGGCAAUGCUGGUGCUUCCAAGCAGAAAACGGUCAAGAGGGUUGCAAGCACGUUGGCCAAGACUUCUUUCCCACCGGAACUCAUGAAAUACCCGUGGUCACAGGACGUCAAAAAAGCUUUGAAAGAACGAUUCAGGAUGGCCGGUUUCCGACACAAUCAGUUGGAGGCUAUCAACACCACCCUCGCGGGCAAGGACGCGUUUGUUCUCAUGCCGACUGGCGGAGGCAAAUCCCUUUGCUACCAAUUGCCAGCCGUUGUUAAGAGCGGACGGACCCACGGCAUCACCAUCGUCGUAUCUCCGUUGAUCAGCUUGAUGCAAGAUCAGGUAGACCACCUCAAAUACUUGAACAUCCAAGCUCGUUCCUUUAAUGGCGAAUGCAAACCAGAAUAUCGCAUGAAAACUCUGGAAACCCUCAAGGCUCCUAAUGCGGAUCAGUUUCUCGAUCUUCUUUAUGUCACUCCGGAGAUGAUCAAUAAGAGCUCGGCAUUUCGCAAUGCUCUUAAGAUGCUUCACCGACACAAGAAGCUGGCACGGCUUGUCAUUGAUGAGGCCCACUGCGUGAGUCAGUGGGGUCAUGACUUUCGACCGGACUACAAAGAGUUAGGUGGAUUUCGUCGUGAAUUUCCGAAUGUUCCUGUCAUGGCAUUGACUGCAACAGCAACUCUCAAUGUCAUCGUUGACAUCCAGCACAAUCUGGGUAUCGACCAGUGUCAAGUCUUCUCGCAAAGCUUCAACCGGCCUAAUCUGUACUAUGAGGUCCGGCGGAAAGAGAAGGGCACAGUAGAUCUUAUUGCAGAGUUGAUCAACAGCAAAUAUUCUGGACAGACCGGAAUCGUCUAUACGCUCUCACGAAAGAACGCAGAGUCCACAGCGCAGAAGCUCCAGGCUCAUGGCAUCGCUGCGCACCACUACCAUGCCGGAAUAGAGGCAGUUUUGAAAGCACAGAUCCAAAAAGAUUGGCAAAGUAACAAGAUCAAAGUAGUCGUCGCAACAAUCGCAUUCGGUAUGGGGAUCGACAAGCCUGAUGUUCGAUUCGUCAUUCACCAGACCCUGCCAAAAAGUCUCGAAGGGUACUAUCAGGAGACCGGACGUGCCGGGCGUGAUGGUCAGGCGUCCGAAUGCUACCUCUUUUAUAACUAUGCCGACGUAACCCAGCUGCGAAAGAUGAUUGCCGAAGGUGAAGGGAAUGAAGAGCAAAAAGAUCGCCAACGGAAUAUGUUAAGAACGGUUACUGGCUUUGCCGAGAGCCAGAGUGAUUGCAGGCGCGUUGAAAUUCUUCGCUAUUUUGGCGAGAGCUUUAAUAAGGCGGAGUGUAACUCAACAUGCGACAACUGCAAGAACAAUGGUGUCUUCGAAAUGAAAGACUACACGGAGAUUGCGAUGGCCGUGCUAGAAGUCGUGAAACGGCAGAAAAAGCUGACACUGAAUCAGUGCAGUGAAAUCCUACUUGGGUUGCAACAGAAGAAGAACUAUGCCGCCAUGAAUGAGGAUACGAUGGAGUAUUUUGGGUUUGCGAAGAAGAUGCCGAAGCAUGAGAUACACAGGGUCAUUGAUAGGCUCGCAGCUGAGGAGGCACUUUUUGAGGAGAACGUAUUCAACAGGCAGGUCAAGAUGGCCUUCCAGUACUUCUUUCUCGGUCCCAACGCAAAUUCCUUCCUCCGCCAGCGACGGAAGCUUAUGUUGACCGUCCAGGUUAAGAGUGGUGAUAGUCGGAUUAAAGCUUCUAAGCCCAAGACGAAAGCGGCCAAGGCGGACAAACAGGCCAAGUUGCCUCCUUCCAUGUUGCCCCCUUCUACCAACGUGUCGUCUCCGAUGACGAAGACCAAAAGACAGAAUGGCAAAGGAAAAGCUGCCGUUGCCUAUGACGAGGAUAGUGACGAGGAGGAUUAUGAGAUGCACGACAACGGUUACGCUAAGGAUGAUUUCGUGGUCGACGAUGACGACUUUGACGAGGAUUUUGAAGAAAUGCCAGUUUCCCGCCGGAAACGGCAUAGGGAGCCUGCCGGUCCUCCGAUUGUCGAUGAUGCUGGGUUAUCCUCUUUGAACGAAGUUCAUAGAGAUAUGAUCAGGUCAUUUGAACAGGAUGCAGUAGUCAUGGCUGCAGAGAUUCAAAAUCACAAUAACCUUCGCAAAGCCAUAUUUACACGACAACAGCUCCGAGCCAUGGCUGCUGCUUGGACGCUGACUUUGGAUGACAUGGAUGCGAUACCUGGUAUUGAUCAGGUCAAGGUCAAAACAUAUGGCAAGCAAUUCCUGCCGAAGCUCAAAGAAUACCAUGCGCAGUACACAGACAUGUUCGGUCAGGCUACCGGCACUUCUGCUCAAGGCAUCAACCGGCGUGCCUCGCAACGAAGUGUUGUUGAUCUUGUGUCGGAUGAUGAUGACGGUGAUGAAAUGAAUGAUGCUGGGGAUGACGACGAAGGAGAAGACGGCGAAGAAUCGCAUUUCUUCCAUGGCCGCGGCGGUGGCAGCACAUACCGACAACCAGCCGACGUGCAGCGCUGGAAUGCAGAGAUGGAUAACUUGGAGAAGAACCAGCCGGCAACUUCAUCGCGCGCGCGGUCAAUAUCCUCGUCGAAAGGAGGCUCAAGCCACUUCACGAGGGGUGGCCGGAAAGGCCAUCGCAAAACGUCCGGCGCGUCUAGCAGCCAGCGAGGUAGAGCAGGCGCUGGGGUGAGGAAGAAGGCUCCGACCAAGAGAGCCUCGACGGGAUCCGCACGCUCCACGUCGAGUGCGAUCGGGUCUGCCUCCUCGCGAGGAGGCAGGGGGAGUAAUCGGAGUGCGGGUGGCAGGCAGGCAACACUGGAUAUGCCCAUGAUUCCUACGAUGGGUUAUUAUUAG